CGUCAAUAAUCAUCAAGGCCGAGAGUGGCGGUGGAUUCCCUCCCCUCCCUCCCUCCAUCCCUCCAUCCAUCCAUCCAUCCAUCCAUCCAUCCAUCCAUCCAUCCAUCCAUAGAGUCAUGAAGAAUGCAAUGAGAAAAGGGAAAAAGAAAAAGUCUCAAUGGAUGGAUCUGUAACUUGUAGCCUGUUUCUUCGCCCCUUUCCCCCAGACCAUCUGAAAUCACAUAUGGAUGCUCAUGAACAUGGCGUGCGACUACUCCUCAAACUAAGCCCACCCCAUAACUUUACAUUUAUAACGUCCAUUUGACUGCUUCGACGUGGCCGCACGGCACCGCACCAGGAAGGUGGAUGGGCAAAAUCCGGCCUUACGAAAAAGACCGGAGAUCCAGUCGAUUUUUCUCCUCUUUCCCACUACCAACCAGAGCCAGAACCUUACCGCAGCCAGCGCUGUCUCGUCUCCGCAUGCAUGGCGACCUUUUUAUGCGCAGGAAUCUUGGACAAACUAAAUAAUAACAAUCAAUAGUAAAAGCAUGAUUCUGAAGGAGGGGGAUUUUUAGUUUUACUUUUCUUGCAGCCGUGGCCUUGGUUAGUUGACAAUUGGAUUUUCUAAGGGCCCUCUUUGGGCAAAAAAAACUUCCCAAGGCUAUCCCCUAUAUCGCGUGGGAAUUGGCAGUUUGAAAACGAAUAAAUGCAUAAAUGAGACCCAUAGGCAGUAUCGCAUUAUUAUGAUAUAUCUAAUAAUUUACCUAUUUUCAUUCUUCGAACUACAAAUUGUUGUAUAUCAAGCGGGAGGAGUCUGUACAUAGAACCGCAGAGCGCACAGAGACACGAGCUGUCGCAUUCAUCUGGGCGGGUGCAUUAGUUGACGAAACCUACACAGCCGUCGCAUUCUUGUAAAUUAACAUCCGUCAGGACGAAAUAGCGGGUAGGGAUACUGCUGGAUUUAAUGCGACGUUGCGAUAUGGGAAGACAGCUGGGGGAUGAAACGAUGAUCAUGACCACAAGGUAGCGAGCGGUAGCGAGCGAUAGCACAUGGGAACAGGAGAGCGCCAAACACAUAUUACUAUAGAGAGUUGAAGAAUAGAUUAUAUAUAAUCAUUAAAUGUGCUUGCUUGCAGGUCAUACCUCUGCAGCACACGGUAUAUUUUAUGGAGAUCGGCUUGGUUGACUUUGGUAGACCUGACUUUGACUGGGCCGUGUGUUGUGUGAAACGUCUCCGGUUCGCAAGUUCGCUCCCACCUCACCUCAACCUCUCAACCUCUGCCUCUUCUGCCUCCUCUUCUUUUCCAUCCUCCGUUGUCAACCCUAAACACUCGACAACUCCCUCAGAUGGCUUGCAUCUGCUUCAUUUGACGGGCUGCUAUCCCAUCUCACAUGCUAUAUUGACUGCAUCCGCCGACGAGGCCCUUCAUCCACUGCGAAUCUCCAUCAUCGCCAGCAUUAUUUUGGAAUCAUACUUAGUAUACUUCUGCGACCCUGUCCAAGCUAUUUUGCUUCAGUAUAGGAAAUCUCUCAUUAUCCUCGCCUGUUUUCUUUUCCCUUUGACUUUUUUUGUCCCUCUCCAGCCCUGCUGUACCUUGGGUUGCGCAGGAAUACACCCUGCUCUUCCUUGCAACAAUAAAACUUCGCCCAUUUGGGUGUCAAAACCUCGCAUAACUUCGAUCAAUUCGAUUUGGAUGGUUGUGAUGAGAUAGAUGGAACUCAGGAGUCUCCUCACGGACCAGCCGUCGCAUGCAAGUUCUGCCAACGGGCCCUUGUCCACCCCACAAUCUCGACCCUUAGAGAAAGCCCAACACUACGUUACAACGAUGACAUCUGCACCUCCCCAGAACCAAGUGACACAUAAGGAUGGUUAUUCCACUCCUUCUGACGCUCCUGCUGCCAUUGAUGGCUAUGGUAGUGGCCCUGUUUCGCAGCAGCCAUCCCCUUGUAGUCCAUCUCCCAAGCACGUUGCCUUCGAGCUUCUCCUAGACGAAAACUCGAAGGUUAGGGCGCGUAUCCCCAUGCGAGUGCAAAUAUUCCCCCAUGAUACUACUGAUUCGAUCGUUACCACUGUCAAAAAUUUCUAUGGCAUCUAUGAAGGUGCAGCAAGCGGUGUGAGCUUCGAGGAUGAGAAUGGCAACACACUCAUCGCAAGAUACGAGAAUUUGAGAAAUAAUAUGACCGUCUAUGUGAGAGUCAUCCCUUGCCAUAGCUACCCCGAUAAUUAUGCACAAGCGGGCUACUAUAGUCCCGUUGAUGGCUAUCAACGCCCCAGCCUCGGGGAGCCAUUCCAGCAUCAGCCACAACACCCUGCGCAGGCCCUUGACUAUGGGCAGCCGCCUUCCCGACCACAGUCGAGAGUUGCAAGGAAGAGAAGCAAUUCUCCCGCUGGUCGAAGCCAUCGCAGUGUCUCUGCCCAAAAGGUUCCAUCUCGUUCUGGAAUUAAGAGCCGUGGGUCCAGCACCCACGGCAGCUUUCAGGACGACACUGUGGGGCCUUACAGCGACAAUGAUGACGACCAUGGAUCAAUGACAGGAUCGAAGAAGGCUAGAAGUGAGCAGUUUGCUAGCUCUGAAAUCAGUAUGGAUAAUAUACUGCAGGAUGGUAGAAGGAAACGACCCAAGUUUGAGAGCUCGGAACUGCCUCUGUUCGUACCGCCUCAAGUUCCCCUCACUACAUCAACAUCGUCGAUAUCUCCUCAACGACGUUCCACCGUGCAAGAAGGGCCCUCCCCCUUUGCAAGACCUGCCCAGCGUCCUUCCGUAGGACAACAACCUGUUCCAUCCCCCCAAGGGUAUGGGCGUCAUGAUGCAAUGUACGGAUUAAAUACACCUUUGAAUAACAUGUAUGGUACAUCGGCUCACCAUGGCCAUCGACUACGCGAUCGGACAAACGCACAAUCUAUUGGCGGUUUCGGAAACUCUGCCCGUCGUUCCAACAGCAAUGGCAUACUGCCGACCCCAGACCCGACAAUUGCGAGCUGCAUCUCCGACGAAGAUGUUGCAAUGCAGCUAAUUCGACUUGGUGACGUUUCGAAUUUCUCUCACGGGCGCACCUCUGCCUCGACCCUUGAUGACGCAUUUAGUGGCGCUGCUGAUGCUUCCUCGUCGACUGGCGCCACUACGGAUGGCUCAGAGGCCAGCGAGGAUGACGAUGAUCUUCCACCGCGCUCACGACGAAAGUUGGAAUCCAGCCCACUGCUCCCACCAGGUGUUCUCAAAAAGCAUCACAAGAACCUGGAUGAAAUCCUUCCUAGCUGCGACACCAGCGACCCAAGUAGUGAUGACUUUGAUGCGAGAUAUCAACAUGAGAAGGCUCAAGCACCUGUCAAUAAUGAACACGAUGACGAUACUGCCUACGAGGAUGCACCCAAAGCGAAGCGUCCGAAGGUCAAAACUUCGAACGCGGCGGCUCCCAAAGCCUCAGUCGCUAGGACAGGUGCAUCGGCCAAAACCGGUAAGGCCAACAAAAACCGCCCUGCUGCAACUUCCCGUAAAAGCAAGGCCCCUGCGAACAACAACAACAACCCGGGGUUUGCAGUUCCAUCAGCCCUCCCUCCUAUGGCUACCCCUGCUACGUCACGCAAAGUAUCAUCCUCCGCAGUGAACUUCCAGCAUCAACUUGGUGCGGAUGAGGAAGACCUGUCCACCAAGCCUCGCUGCCAGCGCUGCCGCAAAAGCAAGAAGGGUUGCGAUCGCCAACGGCCAUGCCAGCGGUGCAAAGAUGCAGGCAUUGGGAUUGAAGGUUGUAUUAGCGAGGAUGAGGGCAAUGGCCGCAAGGGCAGAUAUGGUCGCCACAUGGGAGUCCCAGUAAAAAAGAAUGAUGCUCCCCCCACCAGUGCUGGCGUCGUUUCCGCCCUCGGAAACAAUGUGCCCUAUCAUCAUGGAGCUGACGAGCGCUAUCAUCAUAUGGCCGCACCGUCCCUGGCACUUGCCUCGGCCCCCUCUAGCGUCGCUGAUAAAAACAAGAAGAGAAAGCGAUAGUGGUCACGCAAAUCACAUCCUUCUAACGAACGGUUACUAUAUAUGAGAUAUUGCGUGGUGUUCAGUGGAGUGGCACUCUCACUGAUGCUGAGAGCCACAGUUCCCUCCUAGUGCUCUCUCUCCGAUGCGAUUGUUUAGUCGAGUGAAUUCUGUCUUUGCUUUCCCAUCCAGGUUCGCUGUGAGACAUAACUCAACGUCGCCUUACUGGCUUACAAAUUCCUUUUGGAAGACAGUGUGUUUGUUUCAUGCGUUGGUUUUAUUUUUGUCUCCUGACGCCAUUGUAUUCGCUCUUCCUACUCCCACGUGUCACGACAAACUCUCCGUAGAGAAGCUGAAGGUUAACGGCCUUUGAAUUUUCUCACAAAUUCCCUCCGUCUUUUCGUCGCUUCGUUACCAUCAAUGCUAUCAUCGCCUUUGCCACUCGUUUCUACAUGCUUUGCUUCUGCGCCUUUGAAAAGCCUCACCCAAGCUUCCUAUCCGGGAUAGCCCGAUCCACCUAGAUUAAAAGCCCCAACGCUAUAACUAUCCUUUACCUACCCAACUUACUUUCCUUCAUUACCUUUUCGUCUUCCCAGCGAAAUUAUAUCUAGUUUACUUUUCUUAUCUUAGCGAGCGACUAGUUUCCUUUGGCUGAAUACGGGGAGGGAUUUGACACUUUGUUGUUGCGAUGUGUUUGUCGUACUUAUAUUGUCUUUCCAACGGCUAUAUUGUUGUAUUUGCUCCAGUUUUAAUAUGUUCGAGUUUAUGUUUUGCUUUGUUUCCGAUUGCCGAUUGCUUUAGUAUUUGAUUUUUUCCCCUCUCUUUAUUUACACACUCUUUCAUUGCAUUAAUGUACGAAAGCCGUGUGGUGGAACAUUCAUUGCAGGGCAGGUUAACGGCAGCAUGUUCGCCGCUCCAUGGGCCGACACUGCCCUUGACCUGUGGGAUAUAUUGACUGAGUGUCUAAAGAAGAGCACAACACUGCGGGAAACGGUGGAGAUGCGCCAGAUUGCAACGGACAAAUGAUUUUUUGAAAGGGGGAACAGAUAUUUUCAUAAAACGAGAAAAAAGAGAGAGAAGAAGGAACCCAAAUUGUUUCCCUUCAAACAUCUAUCGGAGAAUCGUAUCAUUCUGUUCCAUUUCUUCUGUUUCUUGCGCAGCUAUUCUUCUGCGGUACUCCCUGGGCUCAUUAUAUACAUACUUUUCUCUCCCCUCACCCCAUCACUAUCGCUUGCCCACCCUGCUUGUUAUCAUUCCUAUAUUACCACUAUUGUUUGAUAUUAAAAUCAAUUGCACCAAGUACAUGUUAUUUAUUUAUUUAUUUUCCUGCACUUUUUCUUUAUCAACUCUAGCCUUUUAUUAUAAUAUCGCCCCCCUACUAUAUAUGUACUUACCUCCAAAAAAAAAAAAAAAAAA